AUGUUUGAAGUGGGUGGUUUCCUUAAAAACCAAAUUCUUUUUUAUUUUUUAUUUUUAAUACAUGCGUUCUUAGGGAUGCCAUUCCCCUUGGUGACGUUUGGCCAUCGAAAGGUGGAACCAAGGUCCAUUAUCCCUUAUUCUUUCGAGGGAAGCCAUGGGCCAGCAAAUUCUCUUCUUGAGAGUUUACGGGUUCAUAAGCUACAAACGUCAUACAGCACCGGGGUCAGCAGAGUCGUGCUAGGACAAAACUUUAUCCAAGAAGAUCCUGGGGUGCGUAUCAGUGUGCCAUCAGCAGCAGUUUCUUUUACAUAUUUCACUUUAGUGUGA